AAGAGAAGAGAGAAGAAUAGAGCAAAAUAUUAAAGGUGUUAGUUCUUAAACCAACCAAUCAAAAUGUUGCGCACUAUCUUCCUCUUAUUUCUCAUUUUUGCUCUAUCCAAUGCCUCUGUUCAAGACUUCUGUGUGGCCAACCUGAAACGUGCUGAAACCCCUGCCGGUUACCCUUGCAUUCGUCCCAUUCACGUCAAAGCCAAGGACUUUGUCUUCUCCUUAGGCAUUCCUGGAAACACCACAAACAUCAUCAGCGCUGCGGUCACGCCCGGUUUCGCCGGUCAGUUCCCGGGUCUGAACGGUCUAGGCCUCUCUACAGCUAGACUUGACCUAGCUCCUAAAGGUGUGAUCCCAAUGCACACUCACCCUGGUGCCUCUGAGGUUCUUUUUGUCCUUGACGGCUACAUUACCGCUGGGUUUGUCUCCUCAGCUAACUCUGUCUACGUCCAGACACUAAAACCAGGACAGGUCAUGGUUUUCCCACAAGGCCUGCUUCAUUUCCAGAUCAAUGCGGGGAAAUCACCUGCUGCUGCCUUUGUCACUUUCAGCAGCGCUAGUCCUGGUCUUCAGAUUCUUGAUUUCGCGCUUUUUGCUAAUAGUCUUCCCACUGAACUCGUCUCGGCUACUACUUUCCUUGACCCUGCUUUAGUCAAGAAGCUAAAGGGUGUUCUUGGAGGAACUGGCUAAAAGAUACUUGGGACUCAUUGACACUUUUCUCUUUGUUGGAUUCUUGUUCUCUGUUUUGUAUUCCUUGUAAUACCUGUCAACAUUGUUACAUUGUAUGUGAGUUUUUCAAUUAAGAUCCUGAGUUGGUCA